CACCAGCAGCGGCCUCUAGCGGACAUCAGUAGCUACUACAACACACUGUACACCAGCAGCGGCCUCUAGCGGACAUCAGUAGCUACUACAACACACUGUACACCAGCAGCAUGGCGGCGUCCUCUCGACUCAUAUCCAAGCUGACAUUAGUGACGGGAGGCGGCAGUGGCAUCGGCAGGGCCGUGUGUCAGAGGUUCGCCUCUGAAGGAGCUUCUGUAAUAGUGGCUGACCGCAAUGAGGAAUCAGCCAAUCAGACGCUGGAGCUGCUGUCACAUGACCUCAAAGGUCAGCAGCACAUGGCCCUGGGGGUGGACGUGUCAUCAAAGGACAGCGUGGAGAAACUAGUGACAAGUGUACAGCGCCGCUACUUCCAGCCGCCGUCUGUGUGUGUGAAUGCAGCCGGGAUCACGCAAGAUGAAUUCCUUCUCAAGAUGGAAGAAGAGGAUUUUGACAAAGUCAUUGAGGUUAAUCUCAAGGGUACGUUUCUCGUGACUCAGGCCGUCUCGAAGGCUUUAGUUUCUGCAGGCGCUGUGAAGGGCUCUAUCAUCACUGUGGGCAGCAUAGUGGGCAAGGUUGGGAAUAUCGGGCAGGUGAAUUACUCUGCUUCUAAAGCUGGAGUGGAGGGCCUCACUCGAACCGCUGCCAAAGAGCUGAGCAAAUUUGGCAUCCGCUGCAACUGUGUCCUGCCCGGGUUCAUCACUACACCCAUGACAGACAAAGUACCUGAGAAAGUCAUCGAUAAACUCACAGCAGUCAUUCCAAUGGGAAGGAUGGGAGAGCCUGCUGAAGUAGCUGAUGCAUGUGCAUUUCUGGCUUCUGAUGACAGUCGAUAUAUUACUGGAAUCAGCAUUGAAGUUGCUGGUGGACUCUUCAUUGGCUGAAAACUGCUGAAUGACACUAAACUGAUCACCAACUCUGUGCCUUCAUCUUUAAUCUCAAAUUAUGCUUAAUUUCUGUAGAAUAUUGUAUACAAUGUAACAAAUGGAAAUGAAAAUUCUAUAUUUAAAGUGUGAAUAUUUUAUACUGUGAACCCACUUUUAAAAAACAAUUAAGUUGACACAGGAGGAAAUGUGUUGAUGUGUGGUUUAAUGGGAACGUUUGGACCAAAACAACAUCAAGUCAAAGAAUUAAAACAGUUAACAUUUCAAAACUCAGACUAAUAGAGUGAAUCAAAAUUCAUCAUUUAAAAGGGUUUUAAGAGUUGUUUGAAGGAAAGUGGCCAGAUUACAUAUUGUGGUUUUUCUGAGACACAAGAAACGUGCUGUUAAUUUGCUGAAAAGUGAAAAUGGGAGUUUGGCUCAGAAGAGUGACGAGGCAGAUGAAAUAUGAGCAAAAGCACCAUGACAACAGGAAACAAACGGGGAAAAGAACAACAAAGGAGUCCAACAGCUCUUUAAAUAGAUUAUAUAUUACACAAACAGAUUCUGAAGUACUUACAUAAAACACGUUUUAGCACCAUAUUUUAUAAAGACAGAUGUUUGUCUUUCACCGACAAAAACAAUCCUCGCAGUAUUGUCCUUGUGAGAAAACCACACAAACAACUUUUAAUUCACAAAUAAUUUUUAUAGCUUUUCAUUCCCCGCGCCAUGUU